AUGAUGUAGGCCUCUCGCCAGAUCCUGGCGGAUGCAGAGCGGCCGCUCCACGGGCAAUCGCGGCGUGCGCCGUGCCGCCGCCGCAGCCUCCUACGGCGGGGCGCACGUGCUGACCGCCUCGCUCGCCUUCUCCGACAGCGAUGCAGAGCGGAACUGGGUAGCCGAGCAGUUCCGCGGCGCUUACAUCCUCCACCUUCUCUACUCCUCCUCACUGCUUAUCAUGUUCGCGGCGGGCGCCUUGCUCGACGCCGAAGGUUUCCGCUUCGCCUCCCUCACGCUGGGGCCGUGCUUUGCCGGCGUGAUCGUGAUACGCGUGGGUCUGCACCACUCAGCCGACGAGUGCUGGGCGCAGCGGGUCGGCACGCGACUGAUGUGCGCGGUGGACGCAUCCAUCUGGGUGAUGAGCGCCUGGGUCUUCCACCAGCGGCCGAUUCGCGCGCCCGUUCUGAUCCUCGGGAUGUACUCCAUCGCGAUGGUGCUGUACCCGAUCAUCCUCAUGAUCCGCACCUUCUCGCACGCUCAGCGGAGCGCCGUUGUCGCCAUCGCCGUCGCCGCCACCACCGCGUCGCCCGUCUGGGUCGAGGGGAUGACGCAGGUUGAGUUCAUCGCCACCAACCUCAGCGCUCUUCUCACCGGCACCUGCUUCGCCUACCUGCUCGAGAAGCUCAAGCGAGAGAACGAGCAGAUGCACGUCGCCGCCCUCAACAAGUCGCGCGAGUCUGCGGCCGCCGACUCCCACCUGAACCAUGUCCUCAAAAACAAGAUUAUCCUGAUUGACCACUGGAUCGAGCUCACCCGCAAGGACAUCGCGCGGCGCUCUCCGAGCGGCGCCGCCCCGGCAGCCGC